CUUUUUUCUUUCUUUUCUUUAGUCAAUUAGCAUGAUCAUUCUGCAUUGUGUAAUGAAACUCUCCACCCUUUCCCCAUAUACAAAUUUGUAUUUGAUUGAUGCCCAAUAUGCGCAAUAAGAUACACACAUGUAAGCCACAAUGUCUCCUGGACAAGGAUGUGUUGUGUUUUCAACCACCAUGAGCUCGCAGGCAAAAAGCAAAAAAGCAAAGACGAGGCCAAAGUACCCUGCUUCAUCUGGUUUGAACCCAGCGGCAAGCCAGCUGAACAUCGCGGACGAGCAACCAUUGACAGCAUCGGCGAUUGACCAGCAACUGCGGUCUCAAGCGAACUUUCUUCAAUAUCAGUACCCCAAUGACCACGAUCAAGGUCUCCUAACUACCACAGACACCGGGCAUGAACACCCUCAUCCCCCGAUCUCCAAUCCCGCCAAUGCUAGCUACGGCGCUGCACUGCCACUCCCCUUCGAUCCUGCCAACGCUAGCUACAGCACCGUGCCACCGGUCCCUUUCAAUCUCACCAAUGCUAGCUACGGCACUGCGCCACCAGCCCCCUUCAAUCCUGCCAACACUAGCUACAGCACUGCACCACCAAUCCCCAUGGAUCUUGGACAUCCGAUGGGUUCAACAGCAUAUCCGUAUUCGCCCCCAAAUUUCGAUUAUGCACCAUCAGCCCUUGUCACAAGGCGGCUAAACCACUUAUCAUCCUGUGUCUUUCUGUAUUCCCCUCAAACGCAAUGCAUCAGGCACAUCGAAAGGCCCCUUCGAGGUGGAGAGGAAGUAUCCAACCAGCGUUUUGUCGUCACUGGGAAAUCUGUUAUUCGACAAGUCGGUCAAACAACGCGGAGUAUUGCAUGAGGCUCCGCCUCGGCUUCACUGCCCACAGUACAUCCAACACCAGAUGCUAGCAGCUCAGCCACUAUCGACCCAGGACUUCAAGCAGCCGACAUCAGCACAGCUGUGCGUUUCAACCUGAAGCGGCGCCUUUUUAUUACAAACCU